GCGGAAGAGUCCUCUCUUUAAUUAGAGUAAAGUUCACGGACGAUAUUUGACCUGUCAAAUAUUGCGCCUCAGAUUUUGAGUUGAUCACGUCCACAUCAGCAUGUUUGCACUAAAGGCAUUAAGGGUUUUUUCUCCUGCGACGACAAAUGUUUAUUUGCGGAGUAAACAGGCGUUCAGCGUGACUAUGUCGAGAAUGCAGCAUGCGGAGGUCCAGCAUGGGGAAACAGCAGCACCCUUUCGACCAGAAACGUCCAUGGCCAAGACACUGAUGGACAUCGGCACCAGACGGAUCUUCUUAGAGGAGCAUGACCUGUUCCGUCAAAAUGUGAGGCGUUUUUUUCAGGAGGAAGUUGUUCCGUAUCACACUCAGUGGGAGAAGGCUGGUGAGGUCAGCAGAGAGGUUUGGAAAAAGGCCGGAGAACAUGGAUUGCUGGGAAUAUAUACACCUGAGGAGCAUGGAGGAAUCGGAGGGGACCUCCUGUCUGCUGCUAUAGUGUGGGAGGAGCAAAUGUACUGUAACUGCAGUGGUCCUGGGUUCUCUCUUCACUCUGAGAUUGUAAUGCCUUAUAUCAGUCACUAUGGCUCUAAGGCUCAGAUCGAGCACUAUAUUCCACAGAUGACUGCUGGGAAAUGCAUCGGAAAUUUUUUGUCUCAUGUGCUCUCUUUCAGGGCCUUUGCAGACUCCAGAGUUCAACCCAUCUACGGUGGAACCAACGAGAUCAUGAAAGAACUCAUCUCACGCAACAUCGUUAGUAAAAAAUAAAUGCAGGGAAUAUUAAAAAGAUGAGGGUUUGAUUUGGUGCCUCUUAUUUCUGUAGCUGGAGCUUCACUGAUUGUUGAUUAGAAAAAUGAUUUCAGAUAAGUUAUUCAACGCAUACAAAAUGUUCAUGUCAUGUGAAAGUCUGCUUAUAUCAUAUGAUGUCUGCAGAGAGAAGGUAUCUUCUGUUUGUGAAUCUGUGCUGCAUGUAUGGAUAUUUUAAGCAACAUUUGCCUCAGUUUGCACCACUAAAUGCAGAAAUGUGUAAACAUCAGAUGCUUUUGUAGUGAUUUGAUUGUUUUGAUAUGUGAAUACCAACUUUGUAUACUAUUAAAUCUUUAUAAAGAUAUUUCUAAAGAUG